AUGAGGUUCACCCCAGGAAUCCUGCUUCUUGUUUUGCUGGUCAGCAGCCUCUCUCCAGUCCAUGGUGUUCUGGAGACCUUUAACACACGCUUAAAGUGUCAGUGUCACCGAGUGACCUCAGAGGUGAUCCCCAUCCACACCAUUGAACGGAUUCAAUUCUUUGCCGCUGGGAAUGGGUGCCCCAAAUCAGAACUCAUAGUCUGGAGAAAGAAUAAGGUACCUGUAUGCUUGAACCCUCACGUCAAAUGGAUUAAAAAACUGUUGAAAGUAUUACAGAAGUAA